CAACUAGAGCUUUUGCAAAGUUUUUCUCAUAGUAAAAUUCACAAACAGUAAAAUAUUUCGCAUUUCGAUAAAACAGCAUCAGCACUGAGUUAUAAACAUUAACCUUCUCCCCACUGCUACUCAUCGGUUUCAAACGAAAACAUUAAUUAUUUGUUAAAAACGAACAGACUAGUGUGUGGUGUGGCACUUUUCAAUCAUACGGUCACGAAAGCAGUUACAAAUUCGUCGACGAAGAUUUGAAUACUAUUCUUAUGGCACUAUUGACCACUCCUGCGCGUGUAAACAAUGGUGUAGUUAUGGUGUCAUGUUAUGUUCGCUUCCGAGGCAGUGUUACCAGAGCUGUCAUGUACGCGGUGUCGUGUUCUAGUCAGCUCGGAACGUUGCUGAGUUGCUGACGUUGGUUGAAGGUUUCCUUUGCAAAAGCUCUCCGAUAAUAAGCGAUAUAAUUAAGAACAUCAGCACAAAAGCUCAACGACUACUACUAUUACAACUAGCAAUAAUAGCCACUACUAAUACAACUAGCAAUAAUAGCCAUUAAAUAACAAACAUAAAAGUAGUUGAUAAUUAAGGCAUUAUGAUGCAACACCACUUAGGAUACUGCUUAUCAAAACAAACAGUAGGCUGAGAAAGGCGUUGGUAAAACAUUAGCCUAGAUAAAAGAGGCAGCACAGCCAAAAUCAUACUUUAAAGCAAUGUUUCCCUCAACUUCCCGUUCAAAGGCGUCUGGAAUCUGCCCGAGACUUCCAAGGAAAUGAAAACGGAACUUCGUCAGGAUGGCUGGAACUGUGGCUAAGGUCGUCUUCGUUCAUGUCCUUUUGUCUCACCUGAGAAAUAGUUACGGUAACGAAUCGAAAUCAGCGCUAUUCUCGACCACCCCAGAGACGGAGAGGCCGAGGUCGGAAUCAUGCGUCGGCGAGGGCGAGAAUACGCCCGGACGGCCGACGAAUCCCUCUUUGCAAAAGGUCGUACCACCUGGUUACGACAAGUACGUCAUCCCUAAGAAUCCUAACGGAGGUCCCCUGCCCAUCUACAUCGGCGCAAAGGUUCGCGAUAUACAAAAAAUAGACGAACAAAAUAUGGAACUGACGAUUGAAUGGUUUAUCCGCCUAUAUUGGCGUGACACCGGCUUGACCUGGCCGGUGCACCUUCCGAACGACACAUGGUACAACAUAUCACCAGAUAUUGUCAACUACGUUUGGCUUCCAACCACUUACAUAGAUCACGUGAAGGAGAUCACUAAGCCAUCCUUGCUGAUUCAGCCAGAGUCCUUCCGAAUGCAGAAUGACGGACUUAUCAGAUAUUCAAUGUCCCUGACGACGAGAGUGUCUUGCCCCAUGGAUUUUACUGCUUACCCCUUCGACACCCAAGUUUGCUAUUUCAAGAUGGAGAGCUAUCAAUUCACGUCAACGGAGGUCACCUACGAAUGGCAUAACCCCAUCAUCGAGAGAUCGAAUCGGAUUCAGCUCGGCCAGUUCGACUUUGACUUCUAUUCUGUCAGUCAACAGAACACAACCCACCAAGGCCGCAAAUUUCCAACAGUGACGGUCGAAGUGUUGCUGAACAGGAGAAUCAGCUACCACCUCAUGAACACCUUCCUACCAUCCGGCCUGUUCGUCAUGGUAUCGUGGCUGACCUUCCUCGUACCGGUCCACAUGGUACCCGGUCGCAUGGUGCUCACCAUUACGACGCUCCUGACCAUGGUCUCAAUGUUUGCCAGCGUGAGACAGGAGAGCCCGAAAGUCUCAUACGCGAAGGCAGUCGACCAGUGGAUGAUCAUGUGCAUCAUGUUCGUGUUCAUGGUCCUUCUCGAGUUCACCGUCGCCCUCUUCAUCUUCGAAAAGGCCACAAAAGCUAAGGAGAAAGCCGAUGUGAAGGAAGCAGAGCCGAUCGUUAAGUCUAAGGCCAAGGUUGCGCCGGCUUCUGCUGGCACUAGAGGGAGUCUGCUGUACACCGACUUGGCACAAAGGACGUCGUCUGAUCUUCCUACAGAAAACGGCAACAGCAACGAGAAGGAGCUAUCAGUUUGCAGGACACUCUUGUCUGCUAAGAUUGUUUGGAAGGAUGUAAAGUCUGAUGAACGCCCCGAGGAAGUCCUACGAGAUCACAAAUACUGGACGAAGUGGCUCGUGCGUCUUGAAUCGAUCAGUCCAGCAGUGCUCUUUCUGGCGUUUGUCAUCUGCAAUAUCUGCUACUGGACUUACUGGAUGAAAAGGAGAGGUUUAGUGAAGAAACAGUACUAGGAAGCUACUAGGCUUACUGAAAAAAAAGCCGUUAAGUAACGAAACAUAUACUAAGCUUGCUAAAUAAAAAUAAACAGCGUUAGGAAGCUAUUGGGCAGUGAAGAAACAGUACUAGGAAUCUACUAGGCUUACUGAAAAAAAAAAAAAAACGUUUAAGAAGCUUACUAGAUAAAAAUAAACAGCGCUAGGAAACUACUGGGCUUAAUGGACGAAGAAAAGUUUAAUAAAGAAACUGUGUAGUGUCUACGAAAUGACGUCCCUGUGUAAAGAAACAAUACUAAUUUUAUGGCCAUCAAAUAAAAAUUCAAUGCCAAUCGCAAUUUAAUUAUAGGUAAAAAUCAACACUAUUUCAGACGUCAACGCUGACUGAAACAAUAUGAAUUAUGCCACUUCAUAAAGGAGACUACAUCGAGUCCGAAGUCAUUGCUAAAACAAUCGUUGUUAAAUCAUGUGUAUUAUAAAGUAACAAUACAUAAAGCACCUUUGUAGGCUACUAGCAAUUCUAUCGAAAUUUAACCCUGCUCUGAGAUAAAAACAUUAUGCA